UUAUAGAAAGGUGAUGCUUGUUUAUGUUUAUUGUUAUUUUUAAUUUUUGAUUUCUGAACAUCCCGUCGGUUUUUUUAGAUUUGAGGUUUUGGAUAAACAAUUUUUGAAAGAAUUAUUUCAUUCAAUAUUAAGCAAACAGAAGCCUACGUCCAGUAUAAUAUGAAGCCAAAGACUGAUUUCGUACCAGGUGAUAAGCCCUUCACGAAGUCGGAACAAACUGAUCCUGACUAUGUACCAGAUUAUGAUAGUGUCAAAGAUGAACACAUUGAUGAAGGUAACCAGGAGAAAAUAGUAAAUGAGUUAUCCGAAAAAUUAGAUACGACGAACAGCACAAAGUUUGAAAAUAUGGAGACUUUUGUGGCAAAUGGAGAGAUUGACAUCAAAUCUGAAUAUGUUGAGGAUACCAUAUCCGAUUUAACAUGGGAUAGAAUCAAAGUUGAAGAGAAAUUAGAGCAGGGAAUUGAAGCUGACUCGACGGCUGAUACUGUUGACCAGAUAAAAAUGGAGUUCCAAGAGUCAGUGAAGAUUGAAGAAAAUACGGACGCGUUAAUGCUAAAUGAAGAAAUUGACAUCAAAACUGAGAGUGAGGAAAGCGAUGAUUUGGCGUACGUUAAUGCACAAAUAAAGAAACAUUGGGAAAGAGAACAGAUGGAAGAAAAAAAUUUGUUUAGCCGCUAUGUUUGCAACUGUACCGAUCGCUCUGACACGGGUUUAAGCGUCCAUAUCGAAUGUGAAAAACAUAAAGCAUCUAAGAUUCAUGAAUGCACAUUUUGUGAUUUCAAAACCAUUCAUGAAAAUAAUUUAUCCGAUCAUAUGUUUAAACACACUAACGCGUCUAACCUGCACAUAUGAUGAGUGUGUAUACGUUGUGACUUCAAAACGACCGGAAGCGCUUCUUUUAAAACGCACAUAGCAAAACAUAAGACUCAAAAGCCCUUUCAGUGUAUAAACUGUGAUGCGUCGUAUAAAGCUAAGCAAACUUUAGAUCACCACAUUGUACAGAAGCAUCCUGAGUUAACCGAUUCUGUGUCUUGUAAGAUAUACGAAUGUAUACAUUGUGAAUAUAAAACUACAUACCCUACGGAAUCAGCUGAGCACGACAUGAAACAUUCUGGAAUUAAGCUUCCAUGUACAAAGUGUAAUGAGUUAUUUACCAGCAAACGAUCGUUAGACCACCACACUUCACGGAACCAUCCUGUGUCCGACAAGAUACAUGAAUGUACGCAUUGCGAAUAUAAAACUACGUACGCGAGGAAUUUAACCACUCAUACGACGAGACAUCAUGGAGCUAAGCUCACGUGUACGAAGUGCGACGUUUCAUUUGCGCUCAAAAUGUCAUUAGACAACCACAUUUUACAGAUGCAUCCUGAGUCUGCUGCUUCAGUGUCUCAUAAGAUAUAUGAAUGUACGCAUUGUGAAUACAAAACCACACACCCCGGAUCCCUUCCUAGACAUUUGAUGAAACAUACUGGAGCUAAGAUCAAGUGUGCAAACUGUGAUGCGUCGUUUGCGCAUAAAUCUUCAUUAGAGGACCACAUUUUACAGAAACAUCCUGAAUUUGCUACUGCACUGUCUCACAAGUUACGUAAAUGUACGCAGUGUGAAUAUGAAACUGUACACAGGAAGACUUUUAAUAGGCAUAUGAUGAUACAUACUGGAAAUAAAUUCCCGUGUCCAAACUGUGACGUGUCAUUUACAAGUAAAAUUUCGUUAGACAACCACAUUUUAAAGAAGCAUCCUGAAUUUACUGCUUCUCUGUCUUGUAAAAUAUAUAAAUGUACACAGUGUCAGUAUAAAACUACAUACAGAGCGGAUUUACCUAGGCAUGUGAUCAAACAUACUGGAAAUAAGUGUACAAAGUGUGAUGAGUCGUUCACAACCAGACAAUCAUUAAACAACCACAUUUUACAGAAACAUCCUGAGUUUACUGCUUUAGUGUCUCAGAAGAUACACAAAUGUACAUAUUGUCAAUAUAAAACUACAUACGCGAAGCAUUUAGUUGAGCAUAUGAUGAGCCAUACUGCUAAGCUCAUGUGUGCAAAGUGUGAUGCAUCAUUUAAAACUAAAAUUUGGUUAGACAACCACAUUUUACAGAAACAUCCUGAGUGUACUGCUUCAGUGUCUUUUAAGAUCCAUAAAUGUACACGUUGCGAAUAUAAAACUACUCAAACGCGUUCUCUAGCCGACCAUAUGACGAAACAUACUGGAAUUAAGCUCCCGUUGACAAAGAAGCGUCCAGCAUUUACUGCUUCUGUGCCUCGCAAGGUACAUAAAUGUACUCUGUGUCAGUAUAGAACUACAUACAAAAGUCUUUUAACUAUACAUAUGAUGAAACAUACUGGAGCUAGGCUCACAUGUACAAAGUGUGAUGCGACAUUCACAAACAAACAAUUAUUGGACAACCACAUUUUACAGAAACAUCCCGAGUUUCAUGCUUCAGUAUCUCAUAAAAUACACAAAUGUACAUCUUGUCAAUAUAAAACUACAUACACGAGGUAUUUAGAUAGACAUAUGAUGAAACAUUCUGCUAAACUCGCGUGUACAAAGUGUGAUGCGACGUUUACCAGCAAACAAUGGUUUGAAAAUCACAUGUUACAGAAACAUCCUGAGGUUACUAUUGCUGUGUCUCAUAAGAUACAUAAAUGUACAGAUUGUGAAUAUAAAUCUCUACAAAAGCAUCAAUUAACCAUGCAUAUGAUGAAACAUACUGGAGCUAAGCUCACGUGUCCAAAGUGUGAUGCAUCAUAUUUAACCAAACACACGUUAGACAACCAUAUUGUACAGAAUCAUCCUGAGGUUAUUACUUAUGUGUCUCGUAAGAUACAUGAAUGUACAUAUUGUGAAUAUAAAUCUGUACAAAAGCUGCAAUUAACCGUACAUAUGAUGAAACAUACUGGAGAUAAGUUCACUUGUACAAAGUGUGAUGCGUCUUUUACGUUUAAACGAUCGUUAGACAACCACAUUAUACAGAAACAUCCCGAGUCUGCUGGUUCUCUGUCUCGUAAAAUACAUAAAUGUACACAUUGUGAUUAUAAAACGAUACACGCGCAACGAAUGACAAAACACAAAGCUAAGCAUAUGACAAAACGCAAAGCUAAGCAUAAUAACACAAAAAGGGAUGGAUUUACUUAAUAUGUGAGGAAACAUAUAGUCGUAGUCAGUGUUUCUUUUGUGACGGAUUCGCGUGCCUUUGCAGGCCCAGUGUCCUUCUUUGAGUUUUUAACGUUUCUCUUCAGAAAACGUCAUUUCCCACUGGUUGGUGCCUUAGGCACCAGGAAUAGUUAAUUGAAGUUUUCUAUAUGGCAACACACUGGAUCCCAAUGUUGCCAAAAUUUAAACUAUCCCUCUAAUCGCCAAUAGUCAACAGAUAUGUUACACCAACAAGAAUGUUGUGCGUUUUCGCGACGAGAACCUAGGGUACUACCAACUUAGUGUACAAUUACAAUCCCUGAUCUGAAUAACCACUUGAUGGUUCACCCCUUAUUUUAAAUGUUACUAGUUAAAGAAGUGACAAUCUUGAUAUGAAUGAUUAGAGUUGUAGAACAAAACCUAAGAGCCGUAUCGUUAGUCGUUCUUAAAAUAGUAGGACGCCUUUAUGGCCUCCUUGAUUUUCAUAGUUUUUCUCAUCCUACAGAAAAGCAGGGGUAUGUCUAGGUUUCUACUGUUCAAAAAGAAAACAUAACCUCACAAUAGGAGAACGCCGACGCUGACACGGAGCAGUAGAAACCUAGAAUACCCCAGCAUUUCUGAGGGAGAGAAAAUAAAUGGAAAUCAAGGUCAUAAGUCGGAACGACUGACGAUAAGGCCCUUACAUAUUCGUGAUACGCACUUAUUCUAAAUAGAAAAAAUACUUAAAACGAAUAUAGUUUUAUUAGUAUGUAUUUAUGUAUAUGUAAUUUACUCG